AAACUAGGAAAAGGCGUCGCUAUGGUAACGGAUACAACUCCGCAAAGAUUAGCUUGUUAGCAACUGUCUGCCUUCUUUAUAUAGUAGUUGUUGCUAGCGUUAUGUUAUUGACAUGCGAUGGAGGGGUCAGAUACAUACCUCAUACGACCUAACCACCAGCAUAAGUUUAAACCAGCCAUUGUGAAGGAGUGUAUUCGUGAAAUUGUGAGGGAGCGCCUGUCUGGAGUGCGGUACGACCCAGAGGAAGUCCCAGAGCUGUCCCGUACACUGGCAGACUGCAUCAAGGACAAAGUGAAGAAUGCAGGGUUUGACAGAUAUAAGCUUGUCGUGCAGGUGGUCAUCGGAGAACAACGUGGACAGGGAGUCAAGAUGUCUUCAAGAUGUUUGUGGGAUGCUGACACAGACAACUAUGCAGAGGAUGUUUUCAUGAACGACAACUUGUUCUGUGUGGUGGCAGUCUUUGGAAGCUAUUUCUACUGAGAAGGAUGAAGGAGAGGAUGGAUGACAUUUUUCUUUCAGAUGAAAAGAUGUGAGGUGAACAUCCAAAUGGGACUGCUCUCCAGCAGCAUUUCAGGUUCACGGUGCAUUGACUUGAAGUAACUGUAUAUGUAACUUCUGCAUCUUGGGAUCAACACAGAUCACAUUUAGUGUAGAAGUGUUCACCAGGAUUUCCUAACAAAUUUAUUAUUAAAGACUGAGGCCUCUUUUAAGCCUUA